AUGUUUGUUCAAAAUUUCCAUACCCAAUCUGGCUAUGCCAACCGUGCUAUUUUAUUUUCAGUGAUGGAUCUAAUAUACUGGCGUCAGCCCGCUAGUUCUGGGCUCCUUUUUGGAGGUCUUCUUCUUCUGCAACUUUCACUGAUUCUUUAUUCAGUCAUUUCCGUUUUUGCCUAUGCGUGCCUUCUCUGUCUGCUUCUUGUUACUUCGGCGCGCUUCUAUUAUUCCUUCAUAGUCAAGAGUGAAGAGAACCCAUUCAGCAAAUAUCUCAACCAAGAAAUAAAAAUUCCCCACGAGACUUCUGAAAAAUGGGCCCGCUUGGGAAUUGAUCACUUAAAUGAUCUUAUUUCUCGCAUUCGAUCAAUUCUUCUAAUAACUAACGUUAUGGAGUCAUUCAAGUUUGGCAUCCUUCUCUAUCUGCUAACCUAUGUUGGUGCUCGAUUCAAUUUCCUGACUUUAUGUAUCGUGGGUAAGUCAACAAUAUAUGUAUUGAUUAUAUUUUUAAGAAUUAAAAAUUCCACUAAUACUUAA